AUCGUGAAAUGUCAGUUCUGUCCCCGCUCUUCUACGAGCGGUGCGCGCGCGCGUCUCGUCCAAUUUUGAAACCGUGCCAUUCACGACGUCUUACCCGGCGACGCGAGAUGUUACUCUUAACGUUCCUGGCUUUGAUCUCCUCAGCCCUAGGGGACGCCAUCACCCUCCAGACGGAACACGGACCUGUCAAGGGUCGGGUCGCCGUCAAGGACGGUGUCAAGCCCUACGUCGCCUUCGUCGGCAUACCCUAUGCCCUUCCUCCCAUCGGACAGCUCAGGUUCAAGGACCCGGUUCCAUUGCAAGAUGGGAAGAAUGUUCUCAACAACACCCUCUCCCACCCUGCUUGCCUUCAGCAAAGGCCAAUAGUCGAGAACAACAACAUGAUGCUCACAAGCGUCAAAGGAGAAGAGGACUGUCUGUACGUCAGCGUCUACGCCCCUGUGACGGUCUUCUCCUUGAAAGACAAGCUGUUUCCCGUCAUGGUGUUCAUCCACGGCGGCGGAUAUAUGUUCGGCUAUCCCGAAGACUCUCCGUCGCGCUUCACCGAUGAAGACGUGAUCGUAGUUUAUGUGACGUACAGGCUCGGACCUCUGGGCUUCAUGGCCACUGGGGACGGCGUGAUCCCGUCAAACGUCGGUUUGAAAGACCAGGCCUUGGCGCUCCGCUGGGUCCGAAGGUACAUCAAGUCGUUCAACGGCGACCCGGACCAGGUGACCCUGGUCGGACAGAGCGCAGGUGCAGCGUGCGUCCACUACCACAUGAUGUCGCCAAGUUCCAACGGCACGUUCCAGAGGGCGAUACUGCAGAGCGGAUCGCUUUUUGCGCCAUGGGCUGCGACGACUAUGGAUGAGAUGAAGGAGAAGACCUUCUUCCUCGCAUCGAAGCUCGGCUGUCAAGGCGAUAGCAAUGAAAUCCUCAGCUGCAUGCAGAACCUCGGAGCUGACGUCGUCGUCACCGCCCAGACUGUCUUCAACUUUUGGGACGUAGACCCAGUGACGAUAUUCGUGCCCGUUCUCACUGGAGAAACCCUCGUUGAGUCGAAGAUGCCCAUCCUCACCGGUGUCAACUCUUUGGAAGGCGGUUUAAAAGCAUUCCUCCUUAAAAACGCAAGCUCGGAAAAGAUCGAGGACUUCUUGGACAACAAGGAGGACUUCCUUCGCCGCAUGAUGUUCCUGGGAGAGGACGAUGAGAGCGUGAAGACGGCCCGGGUCGUUGUCACGAAAUACCUGAAGGACGUCACGACAAAGAGGCAGCUCAUUAAAUCACUAGUGAACUUUUACUCUGAAGUCUACUUCCUUGCGCCCGAGCUCGUGACGACAAUGUACCACAAGGGCAAGAUCUACACGUAUGUCUACGACUACAGGGGUAGAAGUUGCGACCUGAGGGACAUCCAGCUCGAUGGCCUGUGCGGCCUCCAUUCCGAGGAGCUUUCGAUGCUGUUCAGGAAGGAUGACGGGCCAAUGGAAGAGCCGGAGGACGAGUUCUACGCCAGACAGCUGGCCAGACUGUGGGUCGAUUUCGUCAAAAAUGGCGACCCUACACCAGGUGAUGAGUCCAAGUGGAACCCGCUUGGAGAGAAGUUUGAAUACCUGACGAUGACCAAGGGCGGCUUCUCGAUGAGGGAACACUUCCUCAAAAAGGUCUGGGGCCUCACGAACUUCUUGUACAAAUUCAAUCGAAAUUGAAAUUCGAUCGCCUCCCUGGCCGACCUUGAUGUACAACAAUAAAAACAAAGAUACUCAAAUUUUACAAUAAUUUAUAAUUAUUAGUAUUUAUUUUUUUAUGAUGUGUAAUAAUUGGUCUACUAGAUUUUAUUUUAUAUUUUUCUUAUACAAACUUUACUAAUUGACCAUAACAGGAGGAAAGAACAAGUUGACGCCAAUAAAAUUAAUUUAUUGGGGCAAAUCAAUAAAAAAUGACCUUUGUUAA